CGACGAGUCAAUAGACUAUUUGACAAUUAUUUUAAUAAAAUCAAUAUACGAUAUAACAAUUUAAGAAUGAGUAUAAAGUUUAGAGGGCUGGUGGACGAACAUCUGGUACGUAAGGAUGAGAACGGCUAUAGUUUGGAUCAUAUGUUAGUCUCAGACACGAGUCGUUCAUUAAUUGAAGAACUCGAUCGAGAAGUGGAGCUCAAGAACCGGAUUAGGAAAGCGAAACAAUUACACAAGUAU